AUGUUGAGCAACUAUCUUCUUAUAGCCAUGAUCGCCACUAGCAUCUCGGCACUCCCUUUGAACAUCAACCUUGGCGCCUAUUCACCUGCCUUGGUAGUCGGUGAUGGUGAAAUAUCAUUCGGAGGGAAAGCAGAUGUAUCGAACCUCAUGAACGCGCUCGAAGGAGCUGCCGUUGGUGGUGCCACAGCAAACAAUGGUGCCGCAGCAAACGGUGGUGCAGCCGCUGCCACAACCCCAACACAAGCACAAGCAGCACCAGCCGCACCCGCCGCCCCCGCCGCCGUUCAGGGAGGUACUGAAGGCAAGACCGAAGCUCAAGUAACAGCUCUCCAAGGAAUGGGCAAGGAAAUCGCACCCCGUGUUGUCAAGCUCGAAAGAUCGGAUGUAGACAGAGCCGCAAAACGUGAUAUCCAAACUUUGACGGCCGCUCUCAACUAUGCUGCCGGUGCCAUCAAGACCAGCCCCGAAGUCCAACUCGGAACCGAAGACGCUGGUGUUGGUAUCCUCAUUAAAGCUGGAGGCACUGGAAACACGGCUGCCGCUGCUGGUACUGCCGCAAAGACUAAGAUGGGUAAACGUGAGGACGGCGUUGCCGACCCCAAGAUCAAGACUACUGUCACUACUAUGUUUAUUCGUGGUGGACCAUCUGUUGGACAAACAAACUCCAUCUCCACAGUCCGCAACGUCGAAGAUAUCAACGGUUCAGCAGUCACUAAGCGUGAGCCAAGCCCAGGUAUUGAUGGUGUUAACCUCAAUAUGAUCGAGGGAUCAGUUGCCGAGCUCACUUUUGUGGAGACAAGGAGUGCAGACGAUGAGGAAUAGAUUUCCCAUCUCGCUUUUGUGUAAUGAAUGGAUAUGAAUGGGGAUGGAUUGGAUAUGUAAUUUACAAGCGUCAAAAAGAUUAAGAGAUCAUUUCUUAUUAUUUACACGGCAUAGUAGCUGUGAGUGUGUUCUUCUCUUCUUCUUUUUCUUUGGUUCUUAUGGUGGCGUUUUCAUGGCUUGGGUCAAGCUGGAAGUAUAGCACACAGCUACUACAUUAUAAUUUGAAUGUGAGGAUGGAAUCUUAGGGGGUAUCAAUGAUGGGCAGAAAAGCAAGAUAAAGCAAUUCAUAUAUCUAUAGAUAUAUCAAUAUAAGAGAAAUU